AUGGCCAAAGAAGAAGAUCUUGAGUAUUCGGACACCAAGAAAAUCACCUUCAACGUCGAGAACGAGGAAAUUGGGGAGAUCAAUAAUCCGCAUCCGACCACCGACAUAGAAAGUAAUGGAGUAACAGUUCGCAUUUACGAAGCUGAUAGCGACCGUGGCAAGUGGGGCAAUCAAAUAGAGUUCAUUCUCGCUGCCAUUGGAUUUGCGGUUGGUCUUGGAAAUGUAUGGCGUUUUCCCUAUCUUUGCCAGAAAAAUGGUGGAGGUAAUAUAGCAUUUUCUCUACUACUUGUUUUGUGUGGAACUGUGUAAAACCUUCCCGCUCAGGAGUUCAGCGGACGAAGAAUUAACGGGAAAAACGAGCUUUCGUCGAAAAAAAAAAGAUCUUAAUUUCCCUAGCUAUGAAAUUAUCUAGGUAUUUCACAUAAAAAUUCUGUUUCUGCGGAAAGAAUACUUUUCCACGUGUUUCAUCGAGUUAAAACAUGUGAUAUUUUCAAUUCAUCAAUAGAACCUUUCAUGUGAUAAAUUGACUGAUUUUACGACCAACACGAAACUAAAGUUUUCGCUCUAUUUUUCUAAAAUUCCUGCUGGACUUUAAAGACUUUUCAAGGUUUCUUUCAUUCCUAGGACAAAGUCAGCCUCGCAGUGUCUCUUCUCUGCUCUUAUUCCCCUCUUCCUCGUUGUAUUCUCCUUUACAAGUAAACAAAGCUUUUCCGCCAUUCAUUCGCAUUUGACCACAAUGACGAAGUGAAAAAUUUGCGUUUCCGAAAUGCGCCACCAUUCCACAAAGUGCAUGUAUCUGUUGAAUAUCUCUGCUGCUAUAUAAAAAAAAAACGUUUAUUCGAGAACCUUUUGUGGAAAUGUGAACAAAUGUAAAAUAAACCGUGAAUUACUACUACGCCACAGACGAUUUACGUAAAUCGAUUUGCAUGACCACGAACGUGGUCAGUCGCAAAGGUUAAAUAUCCUUACACACUUUAAAGUGAAGUGGAUUUACGAAGAAAAAAAAUGCCGUUUAAUUCAUUAGUUUUCUUUCUGUAUCGAAGCUCCAUUUCAAGCCCAUCACUGGUACAAGCAAAUCGAAUCAAUAUUUUUUGCCUUCGUUCCUAUUCUAUUAGCAUAAUGAUUUAACUUUCCACUGCGAUCUCGUUUGCCAGCUAACUUCUGUUCUCCUAUAUAAGUGGUUACCUCGCCAGAAAUUCGUAUCAAUCACAAAAUUAAUUUUAACUCUAUAUCGUUAAAUCGAACGAAAAGGGCGAUUACUUCGAAGAACAGAGGGCAAUUUAUUUUUCAUAAUCAAUGGCUUGUAGGAAUCUGCCUUCCUUCAUGUUGUAUCACGUGUAUUUGUUUACGUUUUUCUUCCCGCCUUUAUUUUCGCGCAUGUGUCAUGUGACCAGAACCUUUUUUUUUUUUUUUUUUUUUUUUUUUUUUUUAAUUUUUUUUAGCAACAUACUUUAUUUUUCAACAUUUUACCCCGGCGGCUGUUUCUUUUCAUUCCUUUUGUAGAAAAUGACAUGAAAUGUCAUGAUGGUCAUGAUAUGCUACGCUUCAAUAUAUCUGGAAAAAAAAUUGUCGACAAAUUUUUAUCACUUCUUGUAAAAAGCGUAUUAAAACUAUCUCUCCUUCCCUCAAGAACAAGCAGAAAUAGCAUUGUCUUAACGUAAAGCCUAAGGGCAAACCGGUUAUGAUUGUGUUACCAGCUUAAUUUAGUAAUACCUAAAUCGUGAUAUUCGCAAGUUCAAAGUCAAAUCACAGGAAAAUCUUGAAAAUUGGGAGGAUUUAUUUUCAAGGUCUUUUUUCGCCACAAUUGCCUGAUUUCUAGGACAAUAGUUCGGUAAGUUCUGGAUCAAGUUAUUGAUAUAGAGGUAAUUGAAUUUCACAUACCUUCGUGCCGUCUUGUUUGCAUCUGGUUUACAUUUUCAAUGUGAUAUGCAAACGGCCAUCUCUGGUCUACUCAUUAACUACAAACGAAAAUUGGGGCAAACGGAAAUUGCUUCCAUUUCCAAAUACAAUGAAACUAACAAGUCAACUUGAAAACAGAAGUUGUGUUUCCCGGGCUGUAAUGUAAUUGGGCAGUAAAAAUCACUGUAACAAGAGCUGUACGAAGUCUACUUCAAAACUAAAAUGCAGUUACAGGACGUAGGCCGAAAGAUUAUCUUCAAACUUACCUCGGUUUUUGUCUUAUUCUCGGGCAGCUAACUUGAAGGUAGUAGGCAGAUGAUUCGAGGUAGAUGUCCUCGUUACGAAGCGAAGACGAAUUUUCACGAUCGUAUUUGCGCUGAAAUUCGAUUUGAUGGGGCGUUUCCUAAAUUAUCCAAAGCUCUGCAGGAUACCUCCGAACAGGCUUGAACCGAUGUCCCCGUAAGUCUACAACACAACUCAUGUAAACAAAGUGUUUUAAAACUAAAAGAAAGUCUGCGAAGUUGCACCUCUUUUGUCCAGAAAUGUUUAACCAUCUGACUUUUGUGGACGUAGAGAGUAAAUAGAGUUUGAAGAUCAAAUAAAUUAGCCCGAAAACGCGGCAAAAAGAUUGGCACCUGCCAAUUAUAAUCUACCGGAGUCGGAAUGGUUUUCUUCUAGUUCACUCAAACUUUGGCCUUCACAAGUAGCGUAGUACUAUUUUACAGUGAGAGGAAUUCGGAUCAUUAUUAAAUCGUGCGAUUUAGAGCUUUUCUUCGAGAAAGAAGUAGCCUAAGGGAACGUAAAGUGAAGACUCCAGAGGUCAUGAGUGAAAUUUGAUCUUCCCACGUGCAUUGCAUUCACCAGUGUUUGUUUUCAUAUGCUCCUCGAGCUGAAGCAAGUGCGCAUUUGAUAUCCGUCCGUUCGCUGAAAAGGAGGUUUCUUUCCAGCCAUGUCUUCAGCAGAUCAAAAGGAUGGCGUCGUAAACGUAACUGUCACGGAUGCUCUGGAGAAAAAUUUAGAAAUCCCGGAACAAAAAUCAGCCAAAAAUGGCGAUGUUGUGCCAGAGGUGGCUGUGGCGGACGACAGAGGAGGAUGGGGGAACAAGAUAGAAUUUAUUUUGGCCACUGUUGGCUUCGCGGUCGGUCUUGGAAACAUAUGGAGAUUUCCUUAUCUUUGUCAAAAAAGCGGAGGAGGUAUUUUAUCCGAUAUUUGUACCUGAUUGAGGCCUUUUUGUCCGGGGCAAACCUUAACAUAUAAUCGGUUGAAAGGUUACGUACUAAACCCUGGAGGAGGUCCACCCCUCGAUUAUUAUUAAUCACAGGUUAAAUUGGCAGACUGGCAAUCUUAUUUGUAUUAUUGAUAACUAAAUAACGCCUAUUUCAAAAUUUUUCGGAUUAAGAUUAAUUUACCGUCUUCGGUCUGAAUAAAUUUGUGCAUGAAAAUAAUAUUCAAAAGCAAUCUAGGGUCAGACCUUAACCAUUGACGGGAAAUUAACAUCAUGGGUAUUUGAAAAUCGUCUUAGAGAUAUCGUAUUACCUUCUUUUUUACUGCUUAACUUGUGAAGGGCUUUGUUUAGUUCUACCUUACUGGAUGCAGAAGGCGAAACCGAUUAAAGUAUUGUGGUCUUUUUUUUAAAAUAGACCUGUACGCGACACGUAUUCGCUUGUUUAGAUGCAAAGGAUUCUCUUGUUUGUUUAGCUUAAGUGCGUCUGGCUGAUUUUAUCGACGAUGAACAUUUCCUCCGCAAAAUACGAAGAAACAGGUCGCUUCAUUCAGAAAAUUGCGUGCUUCGCUUAUCUCAGAUAUUUUUAUGUGUGUAUUUGCGCUGAUUCACGCCAAAAUUCCCGCGUUCAGUUUUUUACCUUUCAGUACUGAAGCAUCUCAAAGAAUUGCCAGACAAAUGAUUUUGUAAAAGACUUUAAUGCGAGACAAAUGGAUCGGUCUUUUGUCGAUCGGAACGUUCAUAGUAGAAUGAUUUAUAUUCGGAUACUGUCACGCUCUCGGACGUGUGUGUGACUGGUUCAUGCUUAGGCUCUUUUGUGACAAGCCGCAACCCGCCUUUGUGUUGCCCAAUGCGUUUCACAACAAUAUUUCACAAUGGUUUUGAACAUAAAUUUAUUUGUCAAGUAGCUGUAGUUGUUGUAAAAUAAUUUAAUCAAGGUCGCUUUGUUUUCUUUUGUUAAUCUUUAGUGAUAACAUGAAUAUUAUCAACAGAUAAGCGCAAAUUAAAUUUGGAUUGGGUCUGUUCACACUGAAUGUUGAUUAGGCAGUCUAAAGGAUGAAAAAGUGCGCUGUUUGAGGGCCGGUUAUUCACCAGAGAUCAAACUUGGGCCGCGGUUUCAGAUAAUUGUUUAAAGUAAGUCAUCGUUUUUCAGGGGACAGAUCAACACUGUUCACAAAAAUCAGCAUUUAGAUGAAGCAUGAGGAUAGUUUAAAACAUGGUUUUGCACAGAUUAACUGCUCUUUGUAUCUUGUAGGAGUGAUGCUCUGUAAUUGCAUCUUCAUGAGACAAUUAUUUACUUGAUGUGUCAUUGUUUAUUGUAGCAAAACAGAUUAGAGACAGUUGUAUGUGGUUGUGCAAGAAAUUCAAAACAACUCUUUGUUUAAACAUAGAAGAUUUUACAUCAAAAUAUUUACAGUCACUAAAAUAUCAGUCAGUGCAAUAUGCUUGACAUACACUUUCCACCUUUUCGUUUGUCAAGGCUAUAAAUGCAAACAGAUUCUCUGGAAGUGGGCUUACUUCUGACAGUGUUUCUUAAAGGAAUAUUUAUUCAUUGCUUUGUCCUUUUACUUGAAAUGUACAUGUUUUUACCAAUAAUUGACAUUCCAGAAUUUACUUCAGUUUAUUAGUUCGGAAGAUAGAUUUGCCAGAGGUUCUUUGAACAUGAGCAGAGUGAUAACAGUCAUCAAUAUUUCAUAUUCCAUACAAUUUUGAGGUUCUAAAGAUUCAGUAAUUGACUGUUGUAAAUUAUUAGCUGAAAUUUUAAUCCAACAGUUCAAUAAAACAGUAGAUCUGUAUCAUAUGAAAUCAAAAUGAAGAUGAUCUUGACAUUGCAUGACUUUUUAAAACAUCCAAGUAAGAUUAGACUAGAUGGCUUUAAAGUGUUAGGAACGGGGGCAGCUAAAGUAGUAUAUUCAGAGGGAGACAGAGAAAUUAGAGCAAGACAAAAAGACUUCCCCUUCCUCUCCUAGUAGUUUUUACUUGUAGUUUGGUUGCUUAGACAUUUGUAAAAUACAACAAAGAAGGGGAAGUACCAGCCCUACAGCCACUUUAGUCUGAAAUCUGCUCCUGAAUACAAUUUAAGACUGUUUUCUAAUCUAUAAGAUGUUUGUCUCUGUGAGCUCAUAGCUAACUUAACCGACAAACAAUUAUGAAGCACUUCCUAUACAAAACAUGUAUCAGUUUAACAAGACUAUUUUUCAUUUACAGGUGCAUUUUUGAUUCCAUACUUCUUAAGUCUUUUCCUCAUUGGUAUCCCACUGUUCUUCCUUGAGCUUGCCAUUGGCCAGAGUCUGCGACAAGGAUCUGUUGGAGUAUGGAAUGCCAUUCACCCAUACCUUGGGGGUGUUGGUUAUGCCUGUGUUGUUGUCUGUCUACUUGUGGGAAUGUACUACAACAUGGUCAUUUCUUGGUGCUUCUACUAUCUGUUUGCUUCAUUUCAAGACCCUCUACCAUAUUCCAAGUGCCCCAGACUGGAUAAUGGCACAUUGCUAGAAGAGUGUAGAGAGGCUGGUCGCACACAGUUUUACUGGUACAGAAAAGCCCUUGAUGUGACUCCAUCCAUUGAGGAAAGUGGUGGUCUUGUUUGGCAUCUUGUCCUUGUGCUGUUAGUGGCUUGGGCUGUAGUGUUCCUGUGUAUGAUGAGAGGUGUUCAGUCAGCAGGAAAGGUAACUCAUAACUGGUUACUCUAUGCUUAUAUAAGACUGUAUUGAGAGGGACAAUUUUAGUCCCAAAAUCCACUAUAACCUCAAUAAUCUUCAGUGCCAACUCCAAAGGUGCAAACUUUUGGGAAUAUUAAAAUUGAGGAUGUUUGGUUUAGACUGUCUUACUCCCCCCUCCCCCCAUCCCUAAUUUAACAUAAGUCCACUUUGUCCAAGUCUCUUUCACUAACUGAUGAGGCUAAAUGGAUGAACAUAAUCCAAAAAUUGUUGGAAAAGGUCUGAUAAGGACUCUAAUAUUGUUGGUUUAUUUAUCGAUUUUAAGGCUGUGUACUUUACUGCUACAUUCCCUUACAUUGUCCUGACCAUCUUCUUUGGUCGUGGCGUCAGCUUGGAAGGUGCUGGUGCUGGAAUUGCUCACAUGCUGAAACCCCAGGUUAGUGUCUGGUCUUUCAAUAAAAUGUUUGUCAGGGACUUUAGAAUAUUACAGUGUUUGGUUGCAAAUAUCCAAUGAUCUAAUCAAGUACCACACUUGAGGAAGGUUUACUAGUGUGCAUAUCACCAACUAUGCCUUUUGUGGGCUUACACUGGGAUGCCAUAAAGGAAAGAAAGACUUAACCCUUGACACCCCAACAUCAGUAUGCAUAUUCUCUGUACUGUUCUUUAUACAUUUCCGAAGGUGCUGACAAGAAGAAUUUGUUUACCAAUCAAAAGCUUUUUUCAUUGAUGAUUCUUUUUUUUAUUCUCAUGACAUUAAUCUGUGAUUCAGGGGUGAUAUUGUGGGGAGAAAUUAGAUGCUAGUCACUUUUAGGGUUUAAAGAGUUAAGAAAUUUUUGAAAAAAGAAAAAGGAGGAAGGAUUUCAUGAAAACAGAAGGUCGGCAGUGAUAGGAGGGUUUUUUGCUGGAUUAGCAUGGUUGAAAUCUCUGUGUUGUCACCCUAUACUAGUGGCUCAAUCGAUUAUUCAUCCAUUUCUUCAUCAUCCCCAAAUUUCUUAUUGCAGUUUUCAAAGCUCGCAAAUCCUCAGGUGUGGCUGGAAGCUGCCACACAAAUUUUCUUUUCUCUAAGUGUGGCCUUUGGAGGACUUAUUGCCAUGUCCAGUUACAAUCCAGUGCACAACAAUUGCCACCGCGAUGCCAUUAUGGUCUCAUUGAUCAACUGUGGAACAUCAGUGUUUGCCAGUAUUGUUAUUUUCAGCAUCCUUGGAUUCAAGGUUUGCCAUAAGAUUACUAUGCUGAGCCUUUUAUACACUUUACCCUUGUCCUGUUACUUGUAAAGAUAACACAAUACUGAUAUUGUUGGUGUAGUCUUCUGUGAAACUCUCUAAAACUAUUUUUUUUCUUCUUUUGAGUUUUUUAGAUGUCUAUAAUUGUAUCUUUCAAGAGUUUAAGUUGAGAAUUACAUCAUGUUGAAGAAUUGGAAAGGACCAGCUUUGUAUUUGUAACUUUUGUGAAAUCAAGAAUUUUUCUUCCAAAUAGAUGACCCCCACAAUGUUAAAUUGUGUAUUAUUUAUGGUUUAACUGUUUAUGCAGUAUACUUUAAUAUGUUCCACUCAUAUUUUUCCCAUGCUUUCCAAUUUUUCUUCCUUUUAAUUUUUUACUCUCAUUCUUUGGGAGUAACAAAAAUCUAACUUCUAGCUUUUAAGUUGGUGGAACCAGGCAAUUUGCUCAGUUUUUUUUCACCCAAUCUGUUAUUUCAACAUUAUUCCUGGAUCUGUAGUACUUAAUAUUUUAGUCUGCAACCCUAUUCAUCUCUUUCCUAUAGAACUAGAAAAUACUCUCUUGCUUUACUCCAGAGAGCUUUGUUGUCACAUCACUUGUAGGUAAACAUUUUAAUAUUUGGUACUUUUUUAGGCCACUCGUUCUUUCCAUGAUUGUCAAGUGUUUUAUGGAGCCAUAAACAACACUAAUGGAACUGACUUGGUUGCUGAGAAGUGUAAGGACUUAGAAUAUUGGCUUUCAGAGGUAAGGCGGAGGUUAUCUUUAAGUUAUUACAAUAACUAGAAGAAUUCAUGCAUGCCCAUUGGAUUAUUUUCGAACAAAGGUACACACAAUAAAAAUAAUAUUGAUAUCAAUUUAGCACAGAUCAAAAUAUGUUACUACAUAGGUCGUUUGGAUAACUCUUCAUUGCAUAAAGAUUUGAAUAUGAACAUGUUAGAAGUGGGCGAGUACAUGUUUUGUUUUCAUAGUUGUUGCUAUAUGCUAUCUUCACUUAUUGUUGUAUACCAUUUAUGUUGUAAUAUGUAUGCCAAAGACUUAACUAUCACACAAAAGCUUGAAACAAAUACAACAAAAAACUGGAUCUAGGAGGUUGAGGUUUUUAUCUCACAUUCCUGGUACAGAUCUUUAAAAUUCAAAUACUAAUUGUUUCCCUGCCGUAUCAACCCUAUAACCUCUUACCACAUACCACACUAUUCUCACUGUGAUUCUCAGUUGGUUGUGCAUGCACAGAUCUUCAAGGUGAUGUUUCUUUAAUUUUGCAGUCUGCAACUGGCCCUGGUCUGACGUUCAUUGCUUUCACUGAGGCUAUAGUCAAAAUGCCUGCCUCACCCCUCUGGUCUGUGCUGUUCUUCACAAUGUUGCUGACCCUUGGACUUGGCAGCAUGUUUGGAACUCUGGAAGGAGUCAUCACCCCAUUUUACGACAUGAAAAUUGUGCCAUGGAGGAAAGAGAUCAUGACUGGUAGGUGUCUUGGUCUUUAAAGUUGUAUGUUUAGUGUCCAAAAUGUCUGUUUAAAGCAUGGUAUCUCACUGGUGGCAAAGAAUUUGUUUUGUCAUAUCUUGUUCAUCAGUGUGCAUGUCAUGAGGUAUAGAAUGUUGUGAGACAUGAAAUAUAAAUAGCUUUCAGGGCUCUCUUAGUUUGGCCACUUCAGGAAUAACUAGUAAUGUUAGCAUAAUUUAACCAUGGGAUUUAUUUGCAGGUAUCAUCUGCGUCUUCUGUUACAUCACUGGUUUACUGUUUACCCAGCAUUCUGGACAGUACUGGCUCCAGAUGUUUGAUAACUACUGUGCUACACUGCCUCUGCUGUUCAUCGGCCUGUUUGAACUUGUUGGUGUCAGUUACAUCUACACAAUUGAAAGGUAAGAGUACUUUACAAAACUCAGUGGAGGAGCCAUGAUUGGAGGUCUUUGUGUUAUAUUUAUGGUUUUUCUUCAAAGCUACUCUGACAUCUUGUUCUUUUCCCUCAACAGGUUUGAAGAUGACAUACAGUAUAUGAUUGGCUUCAGACCACAUGCAUACUGGAGGAUCUGCUGGCGCUAUGUAUCACCUUUCCUCAUUUCUGUUAUUCUCAUUGCUAGCAUCAUCAAUCUAGCAAUCACACCUAUGACAUAUUCAGCAUGGGAUCCUAAUCUUGUAAGUGUUCUGGCCAAUUUUGUCCAAUGCAUGCUAAAGUUUGUCAAAACUAUUAAAAAAUUGUCAAAUAUAAUUGGCUAUUAGCUGCCUGAUUUUAACACUAGUAGGAUAGUCAGUACAUUGUACUUAUAAAUGAACAUUUUAAUGGGACAGGUUAUGUGUUUUGCCUGCUCUGUAGUCAUACAAAUUUGUUGAUCACUGGUAAUUGUUGAGUCAACUUGGGUUGUAUUCCUAAUAAUAAUUAAACUGAAUUGAAAGAGCUAUGAAUUUUGUAAUGCAAACCAACUGCAUGGUCAAAAGGUUACAAUAGUAACUAGAAGUUGUAGAAAAAGUACAAAGAAACACAGGUAUAAAAAAAGCAACAGAAGUACAGUAGAGCUAAAAGAUAUAUCUAUGGAUGGGAGAAAACAGGAUCUGAAGGUUAAAGAGUUAACCUUUAAAAGUAAAUUAUAAUUACAAUUGUAGAAAGACAGUGGUAAGGUUUGCAUCACAAACCUAAUCAUGGGCCUACACUGUCCACACAUUAACAUGGACAAUUUCAUUACAGUAAAUGGUUUGAACCCGGUGGUAACAUGUAAUAGUGUAGUUUGAUUGUCCGGGUGAGUGUAGUCCUGAGAAGGGCUGUUGCCAGUAAUGAUGACUUUUCACCAUUACUGACAACAGUCCUUCUCACGACUACACUCACCUGGAUGAUCAAACUACACUAUGACAAUUUUAUUGUUGUCCACUUUCAAAAGUAUCUGUAUUUGUCUGUUUAAAACAUAACAUUUCACAAGCAGAUAAAGAUUAGGUGAUGAAUGUGGCUUUAAAGAGGUUUGAGGUAUAACUACUUCUACAUGUCACGUACAGGUUGAAACCAAGUUAACCUUUUUUCCUUCUGUUUGGUCUUUUCAGUCCAAGACAGUGGACUUAAAUUAUCCUGGAUGGGGCUAUGCUGUCAUUGUCCUCCUUAUAUCAACGUCAGUACUCUUCAUUCCUAUCUUCGCUUUACUGCGUUAUUUUGGGAUCUUGAAGUACAAGAAGCCAACCCCUCAACAGGGUGCUGGUGAUGGUGUCCCUCCAGGAUCAAUCACUCCGUCAAUGUCUCGUGUCCCUCUGCCACCCAUGGAAGUACCAUUGUCUGGAACCCGAGAUGAUGAGGAUUGACACUAAGAAUGUGGUAAUUGUGAAGAAGAUCUCCCUAAAAAACACCUGUCACCUGACAGUUAGCUGACAGUCUGUGAGACAGAUAGCUGACAGCCAGCCAACAGUAGGCCAAUUGUCAGCUGACAGUUUUCAGCAGACCUGUUGGGUGACAGUCAGUCAACAGUCAGUAUAAGUGAUUCAAGGUAUACAGAGUAACUUCAACAUUAAAAAGUAUACAUUAAUUACAGUCAAAUUUUUAUUUUUCCUUUUAUUCUUGGGUCUAUCACUAAUAUUGGUAACCUGUUGGUUAACUUUCAGCUGACAAUCAGCUGACAGGGUUUUUCAGGGAGCUCUUCUUUACAAUUACAAAGUUUGUAGUUGCUUUCCCUGCUUAAUUAGCAGUUUUGUAUGGGUAUUGAAACUUUGAUGUAAGGAGGAAGGGUAACACUCAGCUUCACCUACAAAACUGCCAGCUAAGCAAGCAAGCUUAAAGCUAAUGUAAAUAAUUUAGCUUUGGGGUUCGAGGGUGAUUUCUCUUCCUUUUUAUCUGUAUAAAGUGAACCAAAAUAUAAAAAGGUGUUGUCCUUGCCUUGAAAUCUAUAGAGUCUUUUACAAAAAUAUUAAAAAUUUAGUUGAUAAAGAUAUUUAGUGGGUGUCAGGUUAAAGUAUAGGGCACAGGUAUAGCUUGCAAAUAAUUAGCAGAGUCAUUUGUAGGAGGUGAUAGAAUUGUUUUGGGUUUUUAAAUGUUAAAGUACAAUCCAAACAAUGAUGCAUGUAUGAACUGCACCCACUGCUUUUUAGGGCUGUACAUGUUCAUGUAUUUACAGGCCUGUCAAUGUGCAUCCUCAGGACUCCAGAAUGCUAGUAUCAGGUCCAAACCUCUCAACUCAACUUACUCAGUUCAAAUGAUAUUUCACAGUGAUAACCUGAGUUGUUGUGAUUUGUGGGUAGUGGAAUUUUUCACUCCAUUAACUUUUGUUGGUGCAUCUUCUGGCAGUUGCACAAAUGGCUAUUGUUUGCAAUAAUUAUUGUUUUCAUCUGUUAUAGUGUAGUAUUUCGUCAGUUAUGUGGAUAGUUUUAACCAGCCAUAUACCUAAUUUUAAUCAUGGUAAAGCGAAUGUCUUUGAACAACAACUUUCUCUAUUGCUCUGAUCUUAAUUUUCAACUUGCCUUUCAUAAGUGAUGCCAUGAUGUCAUGGUUUAGUAUAUCAGGUGCAUUGUCUGCCAACUGCAGGACAGUUGUGAAAUUUUCAACACAUGUGUAUGUGAUUUUAGGUAUUUGUGACUUUAUUUGAAACUAAUUAAACCAGAUUGGUCCUGGUGACUUUGCAGAUAAAUGUUUAUCAUCCUUACACCUGAUAUUCUUGACCAGAAUUGAAUUCUGAAGCCAAACAGAAGAAACUAGCAAAUUCAUUUGAGCUUUGGAGAAAUAACAUAUUUUCUGUGUUAUUGAAUAUUCAAGAUGAAUUAGGGCAACUUUGUGAGGGGAAAUUAUAAAAAGGAAAGUUGGUUCAAAGCAGGGUGGCUUAGCUAACCUUCCAUUUACACAGAAUACUUUUUCUGACAUUGCCUUGUACAUGAGCUCUCCUUACUGAUCAUGUCUAAAAGAGGUUUGUACCUUUUCUUGUCAUUCUCAAACUUGAUAAGCUCCAUUCAAGACUUAGAUUACAGAGAUUGUAUGUAUUAGUGUAGGUAUGUGAUACUUUUUUUCUAUGGAGACAGGUUUUGGCAAUAGUUGAAGUGAACAUACUUAUACUCCACUUGAAGCCUGAAAACACAUCUCAUUCCUAACACUACUGUUGUAUUACAAGCUGUUAGUAGGCUUGUUUUGCUGUUUUGCUUUAGAAACUAAAAUUUAUCCUCUAGAUAUUGAAUCCGUCCUUCUGUUGUAGUUCACAAAUUACUUUUAACAUGCAAUGAAAAUAUUUCUGUUAAAAUUCAUCCAACUUUCAUCACAAUUUUGCAGAGAACUUUGUCAUGCAGAAAUCUUCAUAUUCAUUGCUUUCAUUCACUAAAUUAAAAAGAGGACCAUCAAGGAAAAUGAUCUACCAUAGUAUACUUUUACAGUACAGUACUUGAUGCAUACAAUUAGAACAAAUUUAACUUUCAAACUAGAAUGCUGGGACAAAAGUAUAUAAUUUUAAGAAAUGUAGUCCCUGUUGAUGUUUAGCUUCUAACACAAAUAUUUCUAAUUAAAAGGAGCAACUCGAGUAUUUUUUUCCUAAAACAUACCUAAUGUUUGCAUAAUUUAGCACUGAAACAAUCUCUCAUUUAAAUCUUUGGGCUUGUUAGAAAAUUUUUUCUUAAUAAUUUCGUUUUCUUUUGAGUAGACAGACAAUAGAUUUGAGGGUAUUCCAGAAUGAUAGAGAAUGGAAACAAGUAAAAUAUAUUAUAGCUAAUAUCUUGAAAAGUUGAGGCUCAAGUUUUCAAGAUUGCAAAACGUGACUGGGCUGCUUCAAUUAAAGGCUUGCUGUAAAAUAAUAGCUUGAGUUUGAUGUAAGCUGUAGUGUGAUAACAAUGAUAAUUUGGUAAAGAAUUACUUCAUUGUGUGGGUUAGGAGGAGAUUUUUAACUUUUUAGUACUUUGUUGUCUACAAUUAAUAUAUUGCCCCGAUUUUUGACUUGUCAGUUAUAAUAUUUGUUUAGAUUCAAAUGUAUUCAUAAUUUGAAGACAUUUUUGAGCCAGCUUGAUGUAUUUUAUGGCCAUUUUAACACUUGACUCUUUAUAACGGGAGUCUUAGUAAAAUUAAUGCUACAUUUUCGCAGUUAUUCAGUUAUUGGAAGCUUAUCAGUCAGGUCGACUAGUGUGUAAUGUGAAAUGAAAUAAACUUAUCUUGUUAUCACAG